AUGCCUCCCUUCCCCUCCCCGCUGCCUUCCUUCCCCACUCCCGGUACCUCCUCCCCCGCUCCCUCUUUGCCCCCCUCCCCGCACCCCCUCACAGGGCUGACGUGGUUCCCGAACGCCAGUGCGGACGACGAUUGGCUGGAAGAGGCUGCUACGGCCUCACACGCCUUGCCGCCGGCUCAGGCUGCGAGCAGGAGCGCUGUAUCAGGACACGUGCGAGAGGAGGUCGUCAAGAUCGAGGAGAUCUCCACAGAGAUCGUGACCGUCCAGGAGAUAUCCACCGAGAUCGGACGGCCAGCCAGGUCCCGCCGAUCAGGGGCAAGAGCCGCGCGAGAAGCAGGCUCAGGCGAAGCGGAGGAGAAGAAGAAAGGGAAGAAGGGGAAGAAGGUAGCUAGGUCGAAACGAGAAGCACAGCCGCCGGAUGAGGCGACUAGCGCGGAUCCUAGGUUGCCUGAACGGGUGCGGCCUGCAGUAAGAGAUGUUGUAGUGCCACAAACAACAGCGGAAGCACAGACGCCCAGUUCUAGCCCUGCUCCUGCUGCCAGUGGUGCUGGUGGUGCCAGUGGUGCUGGUGGUGCCAGUGGUGCUGGUGGUGCUGGUAGGACUGGGCUUAUAGCUGGCUUGGCAGCAGGGGCAGCAGCAGCAGGCGGGGCCGUAGCAGCCGGGGUGGCAGGUUUGGUUGCAGGGCGAGAAGCCAAGCCAGCAGAAGAAGCAACCAGCGGGGAUGCGAUGGAGGGGGUGGAAGGUUCAGAAGGGGUGCGAGGUUCGGAAGGGGUGGGGGGGUCGGAAGGGAUGAGGGAAGACUCGAGAACGUCAGUUGCAGCCGUGCUGGCGUCAGGGGACACUGCAAGAGACCUCAGUAGUGUUGGCGACUCAGAGUCUGCCGUACAAAGUCUGCCUGAACCAACAGCACAAGCAGCACGAACAGCAGGGGCAGCAGAAGCAGCAGAAGCAACAGAGGCAGCAGAAGCAGCAGACACGGGUGAUAGAGGUGAAGCGGCAGAAGCAGGUUCAGCAGGGGAAGCAGGCCCGAGCGGAGCAGCAGUUGCUGCUGCAGCUGGGGCUGGUGCCGGGGCAGCAGUGGCAGGCGCCGUGGUAGGAGGAGCUCUAGGCGCUGCUCUAGGCUCUCGGGAAAUCUCUAGAGACGAUCCCAGAGAGCAGUCCGGUGGGGGGUCGAAACGAGCCACCCCUGGGACUCCGCUAGGUGGGAGCUCGCCUGUGUCUGCAGGGGAAGGGGGGGGCAGGCGGGAGGCGAAGGCGAAGCGGAACAGGGUGGGGGAGGGGGCGUUUGGAUCAGGGGAUCAGCAGGAAGGGGUGUUCGGUGGGGAGGUUUCUGGGGGGAGCGGACGGCAGGGGAGCCAGGGGCGCGGAAGCAUGGGGAGAAGCAGCGGCAGUAGUGGCAGUGGCAGAGAUAGGGAUACGCUCCUGCAGCAGCAGCAGGUGCAGCAGCAGCAGCGGCAGCAGCAGCAGCAGUCAUGGUCGAAGCAGCCCCUACCUGGUCAUGGUCCUGGCGGCGCUACUGGUAUGCCUCCUAUACGCAGCAACAGCGAGCUUCCCCCCCUUCCCUACCGCAGCACCAGCGGCCUUCCCCCCCAGCCCCUCCGCAGCAGCAGCGGCCUUGCUGCCCUCUCCGCACCAACCAAUAGCAAUCUCCUGCAGCGCGCCGCCACGGGCAGCGGUGACCGUUGGAUCUUCCACUCUGGCGCGGAUCGGGACCAGCUUGUGGAGUCGGAUUCAAGUGAUGACUCGGAGACGAUGAGUGGGCGGCUGGAGGGCGGGUUGGGGGACUCGUGGGGGAGAGCGCGAGGGGGAGACGAAGCAGGGUCGUUCAAAGCGGGGAGUCUGGCGAGUCAGGGGUCUAGAGGCGGAGGCAUGAGUCCCGUAUCUGAAAUAGGGGAGCAGGGAGCGGGUACCAUUUCAGGGAGAGCGAGGGGCGGGUUAUGGCAUGGGGCUCCUCGCCCUAGCAGCGCGGGCAAGUCUGGGAGAUCACGGCUAGGAAAGAGAUCGCCUAGAGGUUCGUCUCUAGGGGCAGGGAUGCUGGAGCGAGUAGCAGGUGGGACGGCGGACAGCAGAGGGAGUUUUGGCACAGGGGCGGAGAUUAACAGAGCGAGUAAGAGCAUGAGGGGGUUGCCAGUAGAGGGGUUGGCCAGCGCUGGGGCUAGUGGGGCGUGGAGCUCGUCGGAUGGCGAGGGGAGUGUGGAGAGGAGGGGGGCAGCAGCGGCGGCUCAGCCUGUGGUUGUGGGAUUUGUGGGGCCUGCCAGGCCGGGUACGCCUGUUUCGCUGUCCAGGGUUGGGUCUGGGGCUCCUGUGCUGCGCCCUGCGACUUCGGGGGGUUUGUUGCUGGAGGAUGUGGGGAAGUAUGAUGACUGGGUGGUGUAUGAGAGUGAGGGGGAGGAGGAGGAGGUGCAGAGUAGGCUUGUCCGGGGGAGGGGGAGAGUGGUGGAGAAGAGGGUGGUGCAGGAGGGGGGGGUGGCGGGGGUUGUGGAUAAGAAGGAGGUGAGGGAGGGAGGGCAUGCACAGGGAGUAGGAGCAGCAGCAGCAGCAGCAGCGGCAGGGGCAGGGGCAGCGGGGAUGACGGUUGGGAAUGUGGGGCGGAGGAAUGGGGUAGAGAGGGACGUGUGGAGAGCAGGGGAAGAGGACUCUGAUGACUCGGACUCGGAAAUCAAACACGAGGCGGGAUGGGGGCCUGCCUCACAACAGCAGCAGCAGCAACAGCAGAGUAACGGAUUCAUGUUCAACAGCCAAGGGGGAAUGCCAGGGGGCGGGUUUCACCCGGGGGAGGUUCAUUCGGGGCAGGGUCAGCCUGGCGCAAGGCAUGCACCCCAACCACCCACCAGCCCGCGACCAUCAUCUCCCCGACCUCUCCCUUUCGCAUCUAGGUCUCGGUCCUCUGCCCCCGCUCCUCCUCACCCCCAGCAGCAGCUCCCCCCUCGCCCUGUCGGCCCUCCUACCGCCUCCUCCUCUCAGCUCGGCCCUUCACAGCCCCACCCAUUCGCGUCAGGAACAGCAGGUAAGCCGCGCAUACCCCCCAUCCCCCCGGCUUAUGGUCACUCCCCUGCUUAUGCCGCACCUGCUGCUGCGUCUGCUGCUGUGCCGGGUUCCGGCCUGCACCCGUUCGCCCCUGGUGGUUACGCGGGAGGGGCGGGAGCUCCUGCAGCAGCAGCAGGGGCUGUGCCUGGGGGCCAGCAGGCAGGGGGGCAGCAGGCAGGGGGGCAGCAGUCGUGGGGGGGGUCUGUGGCAGGGUUCUUUGCAGGGGCAAGCGCGUUUGUGUUUGGGGCGAAGCAUGACGGGCAAGCAGGGAGAGAGGCAGGGAAGGAGGCGCAGCAAGGAAAGGACUUGAAUCAGGCAGGUGAUGCUGGGGCUGGGUUAAGGGACGGGGAGCAAGGGGGGUCUGGGGCGGCAGGUACAGCAGCUGCAGCAGGUGUAGCAAGUGUAGCAAGUGUAGCAAGUGGGGGCAGUGGUAGUGGCGGUGCCAGUGGUAGUGGUAGUGGUAGUGCUAUGCGCCCUCCUCGUCCUCCUUCCCUUGCCAUUCCUGGAGCAAAGGAUAAUGCCACUAGCCCUGGUGCUGGCCGCUAUUCCACCCAUACACAUGCAGGAGCAAACGGAGAGGUUGCAGAGCCGCCAGCAGCAGCAGCAGCAGCUAGUGCUGCUGGUGCUGCUGCUGCUGCUCCUGGUGUGUUUGUGCUAGCGGAGGGGCAUGAGGCUCUUAUGUCUCCCAUUGCGUUCGUUACAGUGUCGCCUGCUAAGAGCACAGGGAGAGGCGCAGAUGGAGCUGCAUUGCCAGGGGCAGCUGCAGCAGCGGCGGCGGUGCCUGGGAGAGCGGUGGGAGGAGCAGCAGAGAUGGGGGUGAUGAGUCAGCAGCCUGCACAGGGGUACCGGCCUGGGGCGGGGCUUGGUGGGUGGAGUAAAGGCUCUGGUGCUAGGGCUGGUGGGUUUGGUAUAGGGUGGGGGGAGGGGAGUGAGGAGGAGGAGAGUGAAGAGGCGGAGAGUGAGGAAGCGACGGAGGAGGGUGAAGAGUAUGAGGAGGAGGAAGAGGAUGAAGAGGAGGAAGAGGAGGAGAUGGAGUAUAGUAGUGAUGAGGAGAGUGAGGAGGAAAGUGAGGAAGAGAUUGAGGAAGAGAGUGAGGAGGAAAUUGAGGAGGAGAGUGAAGAGGAGAUCGAGGAGGGGAGCGAGGAGGCAACUGAGGAUGCAAGUGAGGAGGAAGAGGAGGAAGAGGAGGAGGAAGAAGAGAGCGAGGAUGAGAGUGUAGGUGCGUGGGUGGGCAGACCGAUACUGGCACCGUCACAGGGAGGCACUCCCACGGGCUAUAGCGGCAUGAAAACCCCCGAUGCAAUCGGAGGCAUCGUGUUUAUCAACGAGUACGGCGCCGCACCCCCCUCCCCUUUUCUGGAGGUAAAUUCUAUGCGUACUGGAGGGGGUACGAGCGGGGCCAGCACGCCGUUGAGUGGGGGAGCUGGCAUGGGAAUGGGUGGGGCGAGUGGGGCAAUGGGGGGGGGGAGCAAGUCGCCUAGUGGCAGGCCAGGGGAGGAUGAUGAGCGUGUGUUUGUGGUUUUUAACAAGUCGAGAUUCUCACCCACUGCUGCUGGCGCUGCUGCUGCUGCUGCUGGCGCUGGUGGUGCUGCUGGUGGUGCUGGUGGUGGUGGCUUGUUGGCUGAUACUCAAGGAUCAGGGACCCUUGUGGUGAGGAUUGAGAGAGGUGCGGAGGAGGAGGGAAGUGAGGAGGACGAGGGGGAGGUUGGCAGUGAGGGGUGGGAUGGAGGGGAGAGUGGGGAGGAGGAUGGGAGUGAGGGUCGGAGUGGGAUGGAAGGAGAGAGUGAGGAGGCUGAGAGUGAGGAGGGAAGUGGGUUUGAUGGAAGUGCUGAGGGAGAGAGUGAGGGGGAGAGUGAAGGGAGUGAAGGGGAGGAGAGUGGGACAGAAGGGAGUGAGAUGAGGGUAGGUAGGGAGGAGGGAGAAGAUGGGGAAUUUAGUGCGGUGGAGAGUGGUGCUUCUGGAGGGAGUGAGGGGAGCGAGGAGGAGAGUGAGGAGGGGAGUGAGGAGGGGAGUGAGGAGGGGAGUGAGGAGGAGAGUGAGGAGGGCAGUGAGUCAAGCCUUAGCCCUGUGGGGAGUUCAGACGAGGGAGAGACUGAGUACGUGGGGAGUGGGGAGAGUGAGACAGAAGAGAGUGAGGAGGAGAGAGGGAGUGAGGAAGAGAGUGGGAGUGAGGAGGAGAGUGGGAGUGAGGUGGAGAGUGAGAGUGAGGGGACGGAAAGUGGUUCGAGUGAAAGCGAGGGGAGUGAGGAGACAGGGUCGAGUGAUGAUGAGGAUGGCACAACUUUGGAUGGCACAUGGGACGGCACAUUGGAUGGCACAAUGGAUGGCACUGUGGGCGGCACAAUAGACGACAGAACGCUGGAUGGGACAGAGGUUGUGACUCCAGGCGGGAGUGACACUAUGGAGCGGACUUUCACCCUGGAAGAGACCGAGACAGCUGUUAGUGAGAUGCUGGGAAGGACGUUGACUAGGGAGGGGAGUGGGACUAUUGAGGGGAGUGAGCUUAUAGAGGGGACGGAUGCAAUGGGGCGAAGUAUCACGUUUGAGACAGUGGGGAGGACUGAGACGUUUGAAGGCAGUGGGACUAUAGAGAGAAGUGGCACUAUGGAGGGGAGUGGUACUAUUGGGAGGAGUGACACUAUGGAGGGAAGUGAGGCUAUGGGGAGAACCAACACGUUUGAAACCCUCGGGGAGACUAGGACUUACGAAGGCAGUGAUACAAUGGAGGGGAGUGAGACUAUGGAGGGGAGUGAGACCUUUGAAAGGAGUGGCACUAUGGAGGGGAGUGAGACUGCUGGGACGGCAGAUAGAACCUUGACUUCGGAGGGAACUGAUGUUCCGAGUGAUAGUGAAAGGGGUGGCCGUAGGAGGGCAGACAGUGACAGGGACAGCAGUCAGAGGGAUGGUAGCUCGUAUGAGGAAGAUAGCUUAUCCAAGGGGAGUGAGGAGAGUGAAGAGAGUGAGGAGAGCGAAGGGAGUGAUGUGACAGAGAGUGUGGAAGAUGGUGAUACUAUGGAGGAUAGUGAUAGUAUGGAGGGGAGUGAGGCGGUGAGCAGGAGUGCAGCGAGCAGGAGCAGAGGAGGGUACAGUGAUGAUGUUGUGCUUAUAGAGGUGGUGACUGUAACAGGGUCUCGAACCAGUGGGACCCGGGAAGACUUGUCGAGCGUGCGAGGGAUGAGUGAGAUUGGGAGUGAGAUGGGGAGGAGUGAGAUGAGUAGGAGGAAGAGAGCGGGGAGUGAGAGUAUGGGGAGUGAUACAGAUGGGACAGAGAUGGAGGCAAGUGAGUCGGGCAUGAGUGGGAGCGAGGAGAGUGGGAGUGAGGGGAGUGGGGAUGAGGAGAGUAGGAGUGAGGAGAGUGGUAGUGGAGGGAGCAGCAGGAGUGGAAGUGAUGAGAGUGAGGGGAGUGAGAGUGAGGGUAGUGAGAGUGAUGGCGAUGAGAGUGCAAGUCACAGCUCAGCAGUGUCUGGAACAUAUGACUCCCACUCCCACACCCAUUCACAGAGCAGUGGCGCUGCGUCAUUGGCGGAUGCGAUGCGGUCGCCUGGAUGGAAGAGACCCCUCACUGUGAAGGUGGGGGGUAGCUCCCAAGAGCCUAGUUCAGAGGAAGAGGAGGUGGAGGAGGAGGAGGAGGAGGAAGAGGAUGAUGAUGAGGAGGAAGGCAGUGAGGGUGUUACUGCAACUGAGGAGGAGGAGGAGGAGGAGGAGGGAAGCUCAAUUGAGGAUGAGGAUGAAGAGGAGGAGGAGGAGGAGCAGGAGGAGAGUGUGUUUACAGACAAUAGGAGCUCAGAGGGACAAGGGAGUUUAGAGAGCGACAGGAGGUCAGAAAGUGAGAGGGGAUCAGAAGGGGAAGAAGACGAAGAGGAGGAGCAGGAGGAGAGUGUGUUUACAGACGACAGGAGCUCAGAAGCAGGGCAAAGCACAGAAAGUGACAGGCGUUCAGAAGGGGAUAGGUCAGAGGGUGACAGGUCAGAGGAGGAUGGGAUGUCAGAGGGAGAGGAUGAUACCGAGGAAGAAGGAGGGGAGAGUUUUGGGAGCGAGGAGGAGGAGAGGGCGGCAAAGAUGCUUCGAGCAGAGAGCAAGAGGCGGUUUGAUGCAGUGCUCGGGCAGCUGAAGGGGCAGCUGAAGGUUCUGUCGCAGCAGGAUUCACAGGGGAGCGGGCAGUCUGAAGGCAGAGUGGAGUGGGUGUGGGAGAUGGGAGGAGAGAGGAGGAGGAGAGGGGAAGAGUCGCAAGAGGAGGAUGAGUAUGGUUCCAGAAGUGCGAGUGAGAGAGAGAGUGAGAGGGAGAGUGAGAGCGAAGGAGGAAGGCACGAGGAGGAGGAGGAGGAGUGGGUGGAGGAAGAAGCAAGGGAUUCGGUUAGGAGUGGUUCGGAGGAAGCCUGGGUGCACGGCAGUGAGGAGGAACAGGAUGAUUCAGAAGAAGGGGAGGAGGAGGGGGGAGGGGGAAGGGAAGAGGAGGAGGAGGGGGAGGGGCAAAGGGAAGAGGAGGAGGAGUACGCGACUGGGUCUGCUGCCAGCACUCCACAGAGCACGGGAGGGUCCUCUGGAGGGUCUACCCCCCACAGUGCAAUCGCCGUUACCACUAGCGCGUCUGAUAUGGCUGGCCCUCGGCCUACAGGUGAGUUUCCCUCUCCCUUUUACCGGCCAUCAUCCCCUGGUUCUGCUUCUGCUGCGCUUGCUGCUUCUGCACCUGGAGCGCCUGUGUCUGCUUCGCCUGUGCUUGCUGCCGCACCUGCACGUGCUUCGCCUGGCCCUGCUGCCUCUGCCGCUCCUCUUCCUCCUGCUGCUGCUGCCUCCGUUGUUGCCCCUCCUGCUGGCUCGGCUGUUGCCCCUCCUGCUGCUGCCUUGGUUGUUGCCCCUCCUGCUGGCUCGGCUGUUGCCCCUCCUGCUGGCUCGGCUGUUGCCCCUCCUGCUGCCCCUCCUGCUGCCUCUGCUGCUGCUUUCUUGUCUGCAGGUCCCCAACCAGUGCAAGAAAGCGAGCACUACACUACGAGGCUGCUGACCAAUCAGGAGCAGCGUCCACCUGGAACAGCAGAAGCAGCAACGUCACAAGCAGCAGCUUCAUCAGCAGCAGCUGCUGCAGUGGUGCCUACUGGCAAGCCAUCCAUGGCUGUUCCAGCCGCCUCUCCUGCCCUAGCCCCUGCUGUUCCUCCAGCUGCCUCCCCUGCUAGUGCCCAACCUGCACCCCCUGCCGGCACCUCCGCUGCAACCCUAGCUGCAUCUCCAGCAGUGUCCCCAGCCUCUUCUCCUCCUCACUACCCACCCCAUCCGUCCCAGCAUCCUCCCCCUCCUCCCCAGUAUUCCCCUUCUCCAUCCACCCCAGAGUUCUCUCCCCUUCCCUUGUCUCACCCCCCUGAACCCAUCCCCUCUAUCCUCCACCCAAUGGACCCACGUGCACAUCCAGUUUCCGUGCCUCCUCACACUACAACCUCUCCACCUGCCCUUACAACAGCCUCUCCCACCACCUUUGCUACAGCCGCUCCUACCACCACCCAUGCUAAAGCCUCUCAUCGCCCCCAAUUUACUGCUGCUCCCUCUCCUGCAGUCCUCCACCCUCUGGACCCACGAGCUCAGAAGCCGCUGCCAGCACAGGUGCCUAAAAAGACUCAAGGGCUUCAAGUGACUGAAGGGGACGAAAGGACUGAAGGGGCCCGGGAUGGGGUUUUCCCCGUAGGCGCUCUGGUGCAUGGAUUGUCGGCUGACUCUGAUUCCAUGUCGGCUGGAUCCAGGCACGAUGCCUAUGCUGAUGCUGACGCUCCUACUCAUGCCGGCGCUGGUGUUGAUGCUGGUGCUGUUGCUGAUGCCGAUGUUGAUGCGAGUGGGAAAGGCAAGUAUGGUGGUGGUGCAGGGUUGGUCCCUCCGGCCUUAGUCCCCGGUGGUGCAGGGAGCUCUCAGGGCUCCAGCCGGCCCGAGUCAAGGGAGUCAACAGAGUCAACCAGGGCGAAUGAGUCACCUGAGAAAGCUGUAUCAACGGCAGUUGGUGCAGAAAGAGGAGGGAUGGAAAGAGGGGUGGAAAGAGGGGUGGAGAGGGGUGUGGAGAGAGGGGAAGGAGUGGUAGCGACAGAGGCAUGGGUGCUUGCAAGCAUGCGACAAAGAAAGAGGCUACAAGGAGGCUCGGAACAAGGCUCGGAUGGAGGCUUGGAAGAAGGUUUGGAGGGAGGCUUGGAAGGUGGUCAGGAUGAAAGCCCGGUACAGCUGCCUGGGAGGGGUAGUGAGUGUGGGGUAGUGGGGAGGGAGGAGAGUUUUGUGGCGGAUAGUGGUUACAAGGGGAGUGCAUUUGAGGGAGAAGGGGGUGAGGGAGAGAGAGAGGGUAGUGAAGGGGAUGCAAGGGCGAGUGAGGCGGAGAGUGUGAGUGGUAGUGGAGAAGAGAGCAGGAGCAGUGUGGGGGGGAGUGAUUAUGGGAGUGAGGCUGAGAGUGAUGUUGAGAGUGAGGGGGAAAGUGUUGAUGGAAGUGGUCUGAGCGCGGAAGGAAGUGAGGGAAGCAGUGAGGAGACAGGGAGCAGUGAGGGAGAGAGUGAGGGAGGGAGUGGGGAGAGUGAGGAGGAGAGUGGGGAGGAGAGCGGGGAGGAGAGUGAGGGUAGUGUGACAGAGACAGAUGCAGUGACCCGAUCCAGCUACUCAGGGAGUGAGGGAGAGGAGUCAGAGAAAGAGGAUGGGUCGAGCGAAGGGGAGAGUGAGAGUGGGGAGAGUGAGAGUGGGGAGAGUGAGAGUGGGGACAGUGAGAGUGGGGAGAGUGCGAGUGGAGAGAGUGAGAGUGGAGAGAGUGAGAGUGGAGUGAGUGAGAGUGAGGAACUAAGUACAGUAGGAACGAUGAGUGUGGCACGGGAGGGAGGAGCGGCGGGUUCAACAUAUGCUGAGACAGAAACCGAGGCAGAAACAGAGACAGAAGCAGAUGGGAGGAGUGAAAGGGUGGGGUUGGAGGUGGAUGGAGAGAGUGUGGUGACAGAGGAAGGGGUGCUGAUAGAGGUGGCGAGUGUGGCGAGUGUGGUGGGGAGGGGGAGUGUGGUGGGGAGGGGGAGUGUGGUGGGGAGGAGUGAGGGAGUGAGGGUAGACAGUCUGCUGAUAGAGGUGGAGAGUGUGGCUGGGGGGGAGAGUGUGGCGGGUGGAGGGAGUGUGUUUGGAGGGGAGAGUGUGGUGGGAGGAGGGAGUAUACUGGGAGAAGAAGAUGUGAUUCUUGAAGGGGGAGAAGAGGAAGCAGAGGGAGCACGCAGUAGGGAAGGAAGCGAGCCGGACAGGAGCGUGGGAAGUGAGGGAGUGGAAGAACAGGGGAGCGAGGAGAGUGAGGAAGUGGAAGAAAAUGAGAGUGAGGGGAGUGUGUGGAGCGAACAUAUCAGCGGCGGGGAGGGGUUGGGUGGUGAAAGAGGGAGUAUCGUCGGGAGUGGAAGUGAGAGAGAGGAGGCUGCGAGUGAGGGAAUGGUGAGUGUGAAGGAUGAGAGCCACUACGAGAAGCUCAGUGGUAGUGGAAGUGAAUCGGGGUCCAAAGAGGAAGUGGAAGAAGAGGAAUUGCCUGUGUCAAUGGCAGCUGAAAAAGUGACAGCAGCAGCACCUCUGAGUCUUGAUGAAAAUCUCAGUGAAGUAUCGGCAGAAUCUGAAGAGGAAGUGGAAGAAGAGGAAGUGCCUGUGUCAGUGGCAGCUGGAGAUGGCACACCAGCAGCACCUGCACUGGUAGCGGCAGCAGCAGUGGCAGUAGCACCAGUUUCAGCAGCAGUAGCAUCAGCAGCUGAGCCGGUAACAGUGGCAGCACCAGCAGAGCCAGUGGCAGUAGCAGCAGCAGUGCCUGCUACUGCAGCAGCUGCCAAGCCUGCGGAUGUGGCAAAGCCUGCUGACGUGGUGAAACCUGCUGACGUGGCACAGUCUGCUAACGUGACCAAGGCUGCUGCUGCAGCAAAGGCUGCUGACGUGUCGCUGGCAGCACUGAUGGCAAGGACACCCGACGCGAGGCCGGUGACUCCGGUGCGGCACAGGACGUGGCUGGAGGUGCUGCAGAGCCAUGCGGUGCUGUCAGAACUGAUGACGGAGCAGGACAUGGGUGCGCUGCAGUUCCUGUGCUCCGUGGACUUCUACAAGUCGCAACACAGCAUGGAUUUCCGCGUGGACUUUCUCUUUGACGCCAAUCCGUUCUUCACCAAUGAAUACCCUUUCCUCGGACAUUCCGUCAACCUCGGCAUCUCCUAUCUUUGCUCGCCUCACUCCCAUGCCUUCUGCCUCUCCUCUCAACCUGCCAGCACCCCCAUAGCAUGGCAACCAGGCAGGGACUUAACUAAGCGUCGCACGGGGUGGUUCGGCUGGGCUGCUGCCACUCUCACGCAGGGAGGGAAGGGAGGCGGUGCUGGUGCGGGUGGUGGCAGGAGCAGCUUCUUUACACUGUUUGCCUCUCGACCUGCCCUCUCUGCUUCUGAAGCCAACGAGGAGGCUGUGCGCAUGAAGAUGCUGGAGGAAGCUGCUCUCACCAAUGGUCUCCUGGACUUGCUCCGCUGGUACACUGUUAAGUCGCUGGGGGGUGGAGAGGAGGAAGAGGUGGAAGAGGAGGAAAAAGAAGAGGAGGAGGAAGAGGAGGAGGUGGAGGAGGAGACGAAGAAAGCUGGGGGAGCUGAAGCUGUAAUGACUUUGGAGACGUCUCAAAAAGCGAGUCCUGCAGGGAAGCAGGCAGAUGGCCGUCCUAGUAUCGAGGAGGAGGGAGAGAGUGUGGCUAUGCGGCAGGAUGCGGGAGAGAGUAGGGAGGAGUUGAGAAUAGGGCGAAUGGUGGGGGGAGAGAGUAGGGAGGAGUUGAUUCAACGGGAGGUGGAAAAGAAGCAAGGAGGAGAAGAAGAGGAGGAGACAGAAGUGAGUCAAAGAGAGGAGGAAGAAGAGGGGGAAGAGGAGGAGAGUGGAAUGAUUGUAAAGGACCAAGGCACGUUUGAAAGGGAUGGGGAGAUGGAGAGGGUAGGAAGGAGCAGAGAGGAAGAAGGGGCGAACAUAAGGGAGGUGGAGACGACGACAGGGAAAGCAGCAGACGUAGCAGGGACGGAGAUCGAAGGUGUAGGGGCGGAGAUUGAGGGUGUGGGGGCGGAGAUUGAGGGUGUGGGGGCAGAGAUUGAGGGUGUGGGGGCGGAGAUUGAGGGUGUAGGAUUGGGUUUGAAGGGAGAGCGUGCAAUGGUAGUGGCAGCAACAAGUGAUGCAGAGGGGGGGAGUGAGAAGGGUGAGAGUGAGACGGGUGUGACCGAGAGGGAGGAGAGUGAGUGGGAGGAGAGUGAGAGGGGGGAGAGCGACAGUGGCAUGAGUGGCGAGGUUGAGCAGGACAGCUGGCUGGGUGAGGGGACGGCAAUCGGGACAAUGCAGGUCCAGAAGUUAAAGGAUGGAGGGGAAAGAACGGCAGAGGAUGAAUACGAGGAGGAGGGGAGCAGUAAGGAGGAGGAGGGGAGCGAUGAGGAGGAGGAAAGUGAUAUUUAUGUGAGAGGGGACGAUCUGAGGGGUGAUGACCUGAGGGACGAUGACCUGAGGGGUUCCAGUGGCAGUCUAGGGGAUGCCAUGCCUGGGCCUGCUGCCGCUGCUGCUCCGUCUUCUGCUGCACCUUCCAUGUUCUCACGAGCAGGAACACCCAUGCCGGGUGUCCGUCCUUCUGGCUUACCUCCUCCUCCUCCUCCUCCUCCUCCUCCUCCUCAUCCCGUUCCCGGUGGUGGUGCUUCUCGUGCUGCUUUGCCCGCUGCUACUCCCGCCUUUGCCUCCCGUGCCGCUACUCCCAUGCCGGGAGUGCAUGCUGCUUCUGCUUUGCCUCCUCCUGUUCCUCCUUCUGCUGCUGCCCCUGCAGCGUUCUCUCGUUCCACCACCCCCAUGCCCGGUGUGCAUGCCGCUCUUGCUCCUGCUCCUCAUCCUUCCAGGGCAGUAACACCCAUGCCCGGUGUGCAUUCUCCUGCUGCUCCUGCUGCUGCUCCUGCAACAUUCUCUCUUGCCACCAGACCCAUGCCUGGUCUCCAUUCUCCUGCAGCGGGCUCCACUGCUCCUCCCUCUGCAACCGCUUCUCCUUCGUUCUCCCGCACUCUCACGCCCAUGCCUGGCCUCCCCCCUCCUCCUGCUCCUCCUCCUCCUCCUCCUGCUUUCUCCAGGGCAGUGACGCCCAUGCCUGGGAUUUCACCUGCUUCUAGUGCUGCUAGUGCCCCUAAUGCCCCUACUGCUACUGCUUCAUUCUCCAGGGCAGUGACGCCAAUGCCUGGGAUUUCACCUGCUGCAAGCUUCCCUCCUCCACCUGCUCCCCAUCCUCCUCAUCCCGCUGCUAGUGCUGCUAGUGCUGCUAGUGCUGCUAGUGCUGCUGGUGCUGCUGGUUCAGCAUUCUCCUCCAGGGCAGUCACGCCGAUGCCUGGUGUCCAUCACCCCUCCCCCUAUCCACCUGCUGCUGCUGCUGCUGCGCCUCCUCCUGUUUUAGCUUCUGCCGCGCUCUCCCGGACAGUGACGCCCAUGCCAGGUGUUCGUGCUGCAGCUACUCCCAUGCCCGGCGUUCGCGCCACAGCAACGCCCAUGCCUGGCGUGCACGACAUGCCUGAUGUGCGUGCCACAGCUACACCCAUGCCCGGUGUGCGCGCUACAGUCACACCCAUGCCCGGCAUGGCUGGGGAGAACAGCAGGCAGCAGCAGCAGCAGCACCACGGGAGAGCUGCUGUCAGCAGGGGCCACUCGCGUGGAGCGACUGAGGGGGCUGCGUUUUACACCCCCGUUGAAGGGGCAACUGCGUUUUACGGCCCACCAACUGAGCAUGCGGCCUUCUUCGCCCCCCCUACUGACGGGGCUGCGUUUUACGCCCAAGCUGUAGGGCGCUCCCAGUCCCACAGGCACGCUGCAAGCCCCUCCCACUCGUAUUACAGGCAGGCUGUAAGUCACGGUCGCAGCCUGAGCCACGGCCCUGGGGGGUGGGCUGUCACUGACCCUCACUUUGCUGCUGCUGAUCAAGCUGGGACGGAGAGCGGUUUGGAGGUGUGGCGUGCGGUCAUGCAGGGGUAUGGGGAAGGGGGUGUGGGCGCAGUGGGGAUGGGGUAUGGGGAGCAGGGUACACGGACAGGGAUGCAGUAUGGGGAGGGGGGUGGGGGAGCAGCGGGAAUGGGGUAUGGGGAGGGGGAUAAUGUGGGGGAAGCAGGGAUUGAGUAUGGGCUGGGAGGCAGUGAACAAUCAGGAGCAGUGAUAGCCUGUGGGCCGUGGCAGGAAGGGGGAGAGGGGGUUGUGGGGGGGAGUCAGAGGCUGGUGGUGGCGAGUGGGAGUGAGAGGGACGGCGAUAGGAGCAGUGUGGGGGACAGGAGCAGUGUGGGGGAUGGGAGCAGUGUGAGUGUGGGGGAUAGCCUGGUGUCGCUUCUGAGAAUUCUGAAAAACGAGGGGGAGGGCGAUGGGAGCAGUGUGGCGGAUAGUCUAGCAAGCAGCAUGGAUGGUGGUGGUGGUGGGGGCAUGCCGGGUAUGGCCGAUGGGAGGUCUGGUAUGGGUGAUGGGAGAAUGAGUGUGGGUGAUGGGAGAAUGAGCGUGGGUGAUGGGAGAAUGAUUGUGGGUGAUGGGAGAAUGAGUGUGGGUGAUGGGCGUUCAGGGAUAGCCGAUGCGAGGUUUGCGCAUGCUCUCAGUCAGUCAUUGGCACGGGCGGCUAUGGGGAAUCUAGAAUCCCGAGGGAGGGGCGGGUCUCUUAGUGAUGUGACUAGCCUGGGGAUGAGUGAGGGGGAGGGAGCGAGUGAGGGAGUGAGUGAGGGAGUGAGUGAGGGAGAGAGCACCCGGUCUGUGGAGGCGGAAUUGGGAGACCUGAUGGACGCUCUAGAUGGUGAGCUGUCACCGUUCUGGACCGCUCAUAACAGUGUGGGGAGCUUGGGGAGUGUUGGGGUAGGGAGGACUGGCAGCAUUGGAAGCAUUGGGCUGGGCAGGACUGGGAGCUUUGGGAGUGUUGGGAGCGCAGGGAGGAUGUUGAGGGGGAGUAUGGGGAGUUUUAGGUCGGUGAGGGAGGAGCGGGAGGCAGGAAGGGGAGGAGAGGAGGGUGAGGAAGAGAGGGAAGCGAGGAUGGAUGUGUGGAGAGAGGUGAUGGGGAAUUACUGGGAGAUGAGAGGGGCGGGCGCGUUCGGGUAUAGACAUGCCGACAGACAUGCAGAGAGACGUGAGGAUACACACGAGGACAGGGAUGAGGAUAUAGAUGAGGAGGGUAUAAAUAUGAAUGGCAAGGUGGAUGCGUAUAAGGGGGGAGAGGGCCGGAUGGGUGGUGCGUCACAAGACUCACAGAUGCUAUUGUAUGACAAUUUGGGAGAGAGUGUGAGUGGCAAGGUUGGGGAAGAGUAUGAGGAACAGGAAGAAGAGGAGGGCGGUUUGGAGGUUGAGGAUAGGGAGGACGGGCAUGAGGAAGAGGAGGAGGAGGAGAACGAAGAGGAGGAUGGGAGGGUGGUUGUGGUGUUCAAAACUGCAACCCGAGCUGCUGAGAUCCACGUGGAGGAGAGUGAUAGGGGCAGUGCGGAUCACUCUGCUGACGUGGCGAGUGAUUUGAGUGAGCACGCGCUGUACAAUGCUGAAGAUGAUGUGGCAGGUGCUGGUAUUGUGACACGUGGGCGUAGCACACAGGAGGAGAGUGGAGAGUGGGAUGUGCCAAGGGAUUUGGAGCAGGAGAGGGGGACUGUCGGGGGAGUGGAGGAUGAGGGUGAGAGGGUCAAGGUGAGUGGAAAAGCAGGAGCAGACAGUGAUAAUAUUGGUGGUGGGGAUGAUGGUGCGGUGGCACCUGAUGUCUUAUCUGAUGGGGUACACGAUAGUGAAGAGAAUGAUGAUUCGGGGGACAUCCAUGGUAGUGUGUAUGAGGAUCAAGAAACGGAGGAGGAAGGGGUAGAAGAUGAGGAGGAGGAGGAGGAAGAGGAGGAGGAUGAGAGGGUGGUAGUGGUGUUUAAGACAGCAACCAAGGGGAAAACGGAUGAGGAGGAAGAGGAGGUGGUGGGAGAGUCCACGACUGAGAAUGGGUCACUGACUGAGGGCCCUCUGGAUACGGAUACUGAGGAUGUUGAUAACGAGUAUGAGGACAACGAGAGGGUGGUUGUGGUGUUUAACCGGCCGAGAACUGGUGAGAGGAGGGACCAGGGGGAGGAUGAGAGGGAGGAUGAAGAUGAUGGGGAGGAUGAAGAUGACGUGUUGCUAGGCAGUGUGGUUGGGGAUGCGAUUCUGACAGGAAGUCAAAUGGCCAGCCAGACAAGCAGUUAUGCUGGUGAGGAGGAGGGUUGGGAGGCAGGAGAAGAGGAAGAGUUGAUUGCUGGUGAUAAUAGUGAAGAAGGGAGUUUGGAGGAUGGGGAGAGGGUGGUGGUUGUGUUUAAGAAGGCAACACAUGCUGAGAAGGAGGAGGAAGUAGAAGAUGAGGAGGAGGUGGAGGAGGAGGAGGUAGAGGAGGAGGUUGGAGGUAUUAGCGAGGAGGGGAGUCUGGAGGAUGGGGAAAGAGUGGUGGUCGUGUUUAAGAAGGCAACACAUGCUGAGGAGGAGAAGGAAGAGGAGUUAGAGGAGGAGGAGGAGGUAGAGGAGGAGGAGGAGGAGGAGGAGGAGGAGGAAGUAGAGGAGGAGGUUGCAGGUAUUAGCGAGGAGGGGAGUUUGGAGGAUGGGGAGAGAGUGGUAGUGGUGUUCAAGAAAGCAACACAUGCUGCGAAGGACGAGGAGGAGGAGGAUGAUGAAGAGGAGGUGGGAGAGGGACGGAGGGUGGAAGAGGAAAUGAGUGAGGAGGGAGGAGAGGGACUGAGGGAGGAGGCAAGGAAGCAUGAAGACGGGCAUGAGGAGGAGGAAGAGGGGGAGGAAAAGGAGGAAGAGGAGGAGCAGGAGGAGGAAGGCUAUGGGGAGGAGGAGGAUGAGGAGGAUGGGGAGAAGAGGAAGGAGAUUGAGCGAUGGAUAGAGGUGGCAGAGAUGGAAAUGGCACAGACGAGCCCGCAGGGGGGAGUUAGCAGCAGGCGUAGUGGCAGCGGGGUGAGCAGUAUUGACCUGAGCUUCAGUGUUGACUUGAGCAGAAGCAGGAGCAGGAGCAGGAGUCGGAGCGAUAGUGGGAGUAGGAGCGAAAGUGGGAGCAGUGGCAGUGGAAGUGGGAGCGAGGGGAGUGAGAGUGGAACAGAGGCGAGUGGGAGUGAGAGAGAGAGGGUGAGGAGGGAGAGGAGUGAGGCGAGUGAGGAGGGCUUGGAAGGGAGUGAGAGGAGAGUUGGGAGUGGGAGUGUGAGUGGGGGUGGAAGCAAGCGGUCGGGGAGGAGUAGUGUGAGUGAGCGACAGAGUGACCAUUUGGUUGAGAGAAAGGUGGAGACAGCGAGUGUUGGUGCGAGUGAGAAAGCGAGUGAGGAAGGUAGUGAAGGUGAGAGAGGGAGCUUGAGCAAGAGUGAUAGUGGCAGUUGGAGUGAAACGAGGAGCAAGCACAGUGCCACCGGCACUGCUACCGAAAGUGCUACGAGCAGUGUUACUGGCAGUGUCAAAAGCAGCGCUGCUGACAGUGCUGCAUGUGGUAGGAGUCAGAGUGGGAGUGAACGAGCGAGCGAGAAAGCCAACAGCAUGAGGAGCAGUUCUGAUAGCAGUGGUGAGAGAGAGAGGAGUGACAGUGAGCGUGAGAGAGUGGUGGAGGAGACUUUGAGUGAGCAUGAGAGUGUGCAUGAGAGUGUGGGGAGGAGUGUGAGUGAUCAUGAGAGUGAGCAUGUUAGUGAGCGUGAGAGUGAAAUGCAUAGUAAGGGCGAGAGUGAUGGGGAAAGUGUGACCCUUAGUGAAAACGAGGGGAGUGGAAAAGAUAGUGUGAGUGGAAGUCACAGCGAAGGCAGUAGUGCGAAGGAUGACACUGAGAGUGUAGCGAGUGAGGGUGUGAGUGAGACAGUGAGUGAGGGAGUGAGUGAGGGGAUGAGUGAGGGAGGGAGUGAGAGUCCGAAAAGCAGCAGAAGCCAUAGCAAAUACAGCAGCACGAGUUCCAAACAUAGCAGUGCAGUGAGUGUAAGCAGUAGCGUGCACAGCCAACACAGCAGCAUUGACAGUCAGCGCAGCAGCUCGCACAGUCAGCGCAGCAGCUCGCACAGUCAGCGCAGCAGCUCGCACAGUCAGCGCAGCAGCUCGCACAGUCAGCGCAGCAGCUCGCACAGUCAGCGUAGCAGCUCGCACAGUCAGCGCAGCAGCUCGCACAGUCAGCACAGCAGCACACACAGCAGGAGUGCAAGCAGCCAUGCUCGCAGCAGUAGCAGCAAAAGCGAUGCGUUCAGUGCUGCAAAGAGCGAGGAGACAUCUGCUAGUGAGCGUUCUGAGACGACCCAGGACUCGCUCAGUGGAGCGAGUGGGGAUGCUUCAGCCGCUGUGGGCAGAGUUGGUAGCACAACAGGCAGUUUGAGUGGCAGCAAGAGCAAGCACAGCAGGGGCAGUAGUGUAAGCAGGGGGAGCAGUGUAAGCAAGGGGAGCAGUGUCAGCAAGAAAAGCAAGGGAAGGAGCAGGGAGAGCAGUGUCAGCAAGAAAAGCAAGGGAAGGAGCAGGGAGAGCAGUGUUAGCAAGGAAAGUAGGAGGAGCAGUGUCAGCAGCCCUAGGUCGGAUGGGGACAGCUAUGACGGUGGUUCGGGGAGUGGUGCGAGUGACAGGGAGGAAGAGAGGAUGAGUGGGGAAAUGGAAGAGAGUGGGGUAGUGGAGAAGAGUUGGGUAGUGGAAGAGAGUGGAGUAGUGGAAAGUGGUGCAAUGGAGAGCUGGAGUGGGGUGGAGGGGUUAAGUGACGAGGAGCAAGGGAGCGAGGUCCAAGAGGCUCAAGCACACGGGAGUGAGGAGCGAGGGGUGGAAGGGCAGGAGAGUGAGGAGCGAGAGGCUGGAGAGCAGGAGCGUGAGGAAGAUGGUGUGGAUGUGUGGAGCAGUGAGAGUGACGCAUGGCCUGAGGCAGAGGGAGAGGCGAGAGAAGAAGGGGAAGGAAUAGUGCCAGCACCAGAAGCUGUGAGUGGGGAUGGUGCAAGGGGUGUUGUGGAGAGUGAUGAGGAGGAAGAUGGGACAAGCUGGGUUACCAGCAUCGUAUCUCCUCUGCAGCAGGAGAAGGUGGCCCCUGGACACGUGGUGGAUGCUGAUUGGACGGAGGAGCUGGGGGAGGAGCAGCAGGUGGUGCAGGUGCCAGGAGCAGAGGGUCAGGUGGAUGGUCAGGUGAAUGAUCAGGUUGGUCAACAAGCAGGUGAGCUACAGCAGCAGCACCAGGAUGAAAGGGAGGUAGCAGCAGCAGCAGCGGCGGCAGCAGCAGCGGCAGGCAGAGCGGUUGCUGAGAACGGGGCAGGGGUGGGCAAGGAUGGAAUGUCACGUUCAAUAGAAGGCGAUGGGAUGAUAAGGCAGACUGGCGAGGAUGGGGUGAUGAGGCAGAUUGGCGAGGAUGCGUAUGUGUACGAGAUGGGGGAUGGUGUGCGAGGAAAGAGCAAGGAUGAAUCGGCACGUUCAGCAACAGGCGAGGACGGGGUUAUUCGGCAGAUUGGCGAGGAUGCGUAUGUUUAUGAGAUGGGGGAUGAUGUGGGAGCAUGUGAGGAGCUGGAUUGGAGCAGGGAUGUGGGCGAUGGGGGGGUGCUGGGGGCGAGUGGUGUGAUAGCAGGUGGUGCUGCCAGUGUUGCUGCCAGUGGCGCUGCCAGUGUUGCUGCCAGCGGUGCUGUCAGUGGCGCUGUCAAGUUGGACGGACAGAACGAGGAGGAGAGAGAGGAGAGAGAGGAGAGAGAGGAGAGUGAGGAGAGAGAGGAGAGAGAGCAGAGCGAGGACAAGAGAGAGGAGAUUGGUGAGGAGAGAGAGGAGAUAGCGGAUGAGAGAGUGGAGAGAGGGGACGAGAGAGAGGGGAGCGAAGAGAGAGAGGAGAAGGGGCUGAGAGAGGAGAGAGAUGACGAGAAAGAGAAGGGGGCAGAGGUCAAGGAAGAGGAGGAUGUGGGGAGGGAGGACGAGGAGGUGAGUGAGGAGGAGGUGGAGAGGGAGGAGGAGGUGGAGAGGGAGGAGGAGGAGGAAGGGGCGAGGGAGGAGGAGGUGGAGGAGGAGGAGAGGGAGGAGCAGGUGAGGGAUGAGGAGAGGGAGGAGGUGGAGGUAGAGAGGGAGGGGGAGGAGGAGGUAGAGAGGGAGGAGGAGCUGGAGAGGGAGGAGGAGGAGGAGGAGGAGGAGGAGGAGGAGGAGGAGGAGGAGGAGGAGGAGGAGGAGGAGGAGGAGGAGGAGGAGGAGGAGGAGGAGGAGGAGGAGGAGGAGGAGGAGGAGGUAGGGAGAGAGGGAGAGGACGAAGGGGAGGAGGAGUGGAGUGACAUGAGCGAGGAGGAGUGGAGCAGCAUGGAGCUAGCGGCCACCCAGUCCCCCUUCCCCGCCGCCUCCCCUCUCCCCUCCGCCAGCCCCUACGCUGCUCUCUCCCCACUGCCCUCCGCCACCCCAACGAGUGCAGGCAUGGGUGCGCCUCUGGAUAGUGUUGCGGUUAGCCUGGCGCUGCAGCAGCAGCAACAGCAGCAGCAGGAGCAGCAGCAGGAGCAACAGGGGCAGCAGGAGGAGCAGGAGGGGCAGGAAGCAGAGGGCCUGGCAAUCAAAGAGGCGGAGGAGGAAGACGAGAAGGAGGAUGGGGAAAGGGAUGAGGGGCUUGAAGGGCUUCAAGGGCAGAGCAGCGCCUUCGCGUUUGCCUCGGGCAGUGAUUCCUCUGUGCUGCCCCUUGCCAGUCCUAUGGCGCUGCCUCAAGAUCGAGCUGCUGUUGGUGGGGGUUCAUGGGCGGAAGAGACUCAGCAAAAUCGAAUCUUUGGAAGCUCACUUGGUGGUGCCGUUCCUGUGUCUCAACGCACUCCUGCUCUUACCACCUCUGCUGCUGUGCCGCGCUCCGUUGCUGCUGCCGAUCUUGCUGACGUGGCGAAUGCGCAUCAUGCUGACGUGGCACGUGCUGGGUCGGGUGCUCCACGUCAAUGUGCUGUUUCAGUUGUGCUACCUUCAGGUGCUGUGUCUGUUAUGCUGCCGUCAGGUUCUGUCACUGUUGCACUGCCGUCAGGUGCCGUCUCUGUUGGUUCAGGUGCUAGCCCUGAUCCGCGUGCUGCAAAUUCUCCUGAGACUGCGGAAGCGAGAAUGGAUCAAAGUGAGUGGGAAGAUCUUAGGGGGACAGAGGUGGAGGAGGGGUCAGAAGGAAAGGGGAGUGAGAGUGAUGAGGAGGGGAAGAGUGAUGGGAAGGAAGAGAAAGCAAGUGAGGACGAGAGUGAGGGAGAGGGUGAGAAGUGGGAGGAAUCUGAGGAGUGGAGUGAUGUUGGUGAUGCAGUAACCAGUGAAGCCGGUGAUGUGGUCACCGGCGAUGCUGGCGAUGCUGUAACCAGUGAUGCUGGUGAUGCAGUAACCAGCGAUGCUGGUGAUUCAGUAACCAGUGAGGCUGGUGUUUUGGUUACCGAAGUUGGUGGUUUGAGCGUGAGUAGCACAGAAAGGACGGCUGAGGAGGCAGUAAAUUGGGCAGAAGAGAGUGAGAUGAUGGCAGACAAAGAUGGUGGGGAGGGAGUAGUGAGUGAGGACUGGAGUGAGAGGGAAGAGAGCGAGGAGGAAGGGUUUGAAAAAGAAAAGAGUGAGGAGGGAGGGAGUCAUAUGGAAGGGAGUGAAAGCGAAGGGAGUGAGAAGGAAGAGAGUGAGAAGGAAGGGAGUGGGAAGGAAGGGAAUGAAGAGGGUGAAACCAGAGAGGAGGAUGCAAGAGCAUCAGAGGAAGCGCAAUCUAUGGCCCUUGGCAACGCAGCCGGCAGAGUGCAAGAGCAAGGCGCUGUAGAAAUUUCUGAGGCGCCUCAGAAGUCUAUAGGCCUUGAUGAUGCAGAUGGCAGAGUGCAAGCACAAGGAGCGGUAGCAGCAGAGGAAGAGGGUUCGAUAAGGCCUCUGGCAACGCUCAUGGCCCAGAGGUCAUGGCCGGCAGUCGCUGCUCUGGCCGUGGGAGGAGGUGUGGUGGCAGCAGCACAGGCUGAUGGGCUGGUGGCAGGAGGUGAAUGGGAGAGCGAGGAGUGGAGUGAUGUGGGGUCCGGUGUAGGUGAGUGGGAGGAGGAGGUUGUGGGAUCUGGAAGAGUGGAGGGAGAGAGUCAGGGAGAGAGUGAGGGAGAGGGUGAGGGAGGGAGUGAGGGGGUUGGUGAGGUGGAUGGAGAGAGUGAGGGUGAGGUGCGGGAUGGAGAGAAGCAGGAGGAUGAAGUUAGCAAGGGAGAGGAGAUUAGAAUGGAGGAUGGAGAUGGAAGGAGUGAGGAGGCUGAAGAGGGGGGAGAGGAGGUGGGAGAGGAUAAGGAGAGAGAGGAUAAGGAGAGAGAGGAUAAGGAGAGAGAGGAUAAGGAGAGAGAGGAGAAAGAGGGUCUGCAAGGAAGCAGCGCAGACAUGGCAGGAGAAGUAAAUCUGCCAGCUGAUGAGAGUGAGAGGCAUGUGGGUAGGAAGGAGGAGCAGGAGGAGGAGGAGGAGAAGGAACGGGAUGAGAGGGAAGUGGAUGGGGAGAGGGAGCGGCAGGGACAAGAGGAAGUGGAGGCUUCACACAGAGAGGAACUGGAGGGUGUUGCUGAAGGAGGGAGGGUGGAGGAGGGAGAGGAAGGGAGAGUGGAGGAGAAAGUGGAGGAAAAAGGGGUAACGGAAGGGAGGGUGGGGGGUGAGGGCAGAGAUGCACAUGCAGAAGGGAGUGAAGCAGAGGAUGGGAGUGAGAGUAGAAGUGAGUGCAUGAGUGGAAGGGAGAGUGAUAACAUGAGUGAGAGAGAGAGUGAAAGCGAAGGUGAGAAGGAGAGUAAGAGCAUGAGCGAGAGGGAGAGUGACAGCAUGAGUGAGAGGGAGAGUGAUAGCAUAAGUGAGAGGGAGAGUGAUAGCAUGAGUGAGAGGGCGAGUGAAGGUAAGAGGGAGACAGAGAGUGACAGUCUGAGUGAUAGGGAGAGUGAAAGCGUGAGUGAGAGGGGGAGUGAAGGUGAAAGGGACAGGGUGAGUGAAAGUAUGAGUGGGAGUAGAAGCGAGAACGGGGCUGAGAGUGAGAGUGGAAGUGAGAGGGAUGCUGGAAGUGAGAGUGAAAGUGAGAGGGAUGCUGGAAGUGAGAGUGGAAGUGAGAGGGAUGCUGGAAGUGAGAGUGAAAGUGAGAGGGAUGCUGGAAGUGAGAGUGAAAGUGAGGGGGGAGCUGAGAGUGAGAGUGCAAGUGAGAAGGGAUCUGAGAGUGAAAAUGAAAGUAAGAAGGGAUCUGAGAGUGAGAGUGGAGGUGAGAGGGGGGCAGAGGGCACUGGCGCUGUAGCAGGGGGCACUGCCAUUGCAGGAGGUGUGGCCUUUGAGUCGACUGAAGAAGAGAUCGCAGAAGGCGCAGCAGCUGGCACAGCAGAGGCAGAGGCAGAGGCAGAGGCAGAGGCAUGGGCAGAGGCCACCACGACAGGCAGUGCAGUGCCGGACGAGCCUUUCGUGUCCAGCGCCCUCCUUGCCACACAUUCAAUCCCUGUCUCCACCACUGUCGCAACCAUUCCUUCUGCUCCUAGUGUUUCCACUGCCCCUACUGCUCCCUCAGUUUCCUCCCGCGCUGCCAACUCUUGGAUCCGCCCUGCACAGCCUUCUUCCCACUCCGACUCAGGCUCGGACUCUGACUGGUCCGACUCCGAACCUGCGCCCAAGCCUGUGCCCAUCCGAGCCUGGAGGGCAGGCAUGGCGAGCGCAGCACUGGCUCCUGCGCCUGCCGCCUCUCCUCCCCCACAAACUGCAGCGGUGGGGCGACUGCAGAGUGACUUCCUGAACCGCUUCCAGCAGCAGCAGCCGGAGGAGCAGCAACAGCAGCAGGCCUCUGAGGCUCCCCUCACACCUCCACAGCAGCAACAGCAGGCAUCUUUGAAUUCCGCUGCAGUUGUGGACUCUUCUGCUGAUGUGGCGCAGGCUGCUGAUGUGGCGCAAGUUGCUGAUGUGGUGCAACCUGUGGACAUGAAGCACGCAGCUGAGGUCAAAGCAGGUGACAAGUCAGAAUUACCUGCUGGUGGUGAUGAUGUGAUUGCUGAUAAGGAACAGUCUGCACAUGUGGUAUCAGCUCCUGACGUGGCACCCCCUGCUGAUGUGGACGUGGAGGGCGAUUCCAGACCAUCUUCUCCAGAGGGGUCAGCCACCAGCAUCAAAGAUGCUGCUGAUGUGGCAGCUGAGUUGGAUGCUGAUGUGGCAGCUGAGGUGGCUCUGGAUGCAGCUGGAGGUGCUAGUUUGCUGCUGGCAAGUGAGUUGGUUGCACCUGUGCUGCAGACGAGAGGAGAGGCCGAGGAGGUGGAAGCAGAACAGGAGAAAGCAGAUGUAUUUUCGGGACCAGAUUCUGAACCUGACUCUGAUUCUGAACCUGACUCUGAUUCUGACGUGGCUGCUGAUGUGCCUGUUGACAUGGCUGCUGAUGUGUCUGUUGACAUGGCUGCUGAUGUGUCUGUUGGCGUGGUGGCUGAUGUGGCUGCUGACAUGGCUCUGCGAGUGCCUGGAGGUGAAACUGCAGUGGUGCCAUCUCCAUCACGAUCAGACUCCGAGUCUGACUCUUCUUUCGGAACUGAUGUGGCUGCUGACGUGGCCGCUGAUGUGGCUGCUGACGUGGCCGCUGAUGUGGCUGCUGACGUGUCGUCUGAUGUGGCACCGUGUGCGGCUGGAGGUGAGACUGCAGCACUGCCAUCCCCAUCUGGACCACACUCUGAGGUUGACUCUGCACCAGAAGCUGAUGUGGCUGCUGACGUGGCUCUGCAUGUGUCUGACUGUGAAGCUUCAGCUCUGCCAUCGCCACCAGGAUCAAACUCUGACGUUGACUCUGCACCGGAACAAGAGAGGGUGGAGGAAGAGACAAGGAGUGAGGAUGCUGAGAGGGAGGAGGAAGAGACAAGGAGUGUGGAGGCUGAGAGGGAGGAAGAAGAGACAAGGAGUGUGGAAGCAGAGUGGGAGGAGGAAGAGACAAGGAGUGAGAAAGCAGAGAGGGAGGAGGAAGAGACAAGGAGUGAGGAUGUAGAGAAAGAGGAGGAAGAGAGGGGGAGUGAGAAAGCAGAGAGUGCGGAGGAAGAUGGGGGUAGUGAUGAUAAAGCAAGGCUGCAGGAGGUUGAAGUAGAGGUUAUAGCGAUGGGUGGGGCGGCAGUUGUGGCUGUCGCGGUGCUUGCAGGGGUGGAUGGGGCGGCAGCGGACGAGGAGGGUGAGGGGAUGCUGGGAGCAGUGGAGGGCAGGGAGCCGUUGGGGGCGGAGGAGGGAGAGGAGAGUGAGGAGGGUAAGGAGAGUGAAGAAGCUGGGGAGAGUGAGGAGAGUGAGGAAGCUAAAGAGGUGAAGGAGGCUAAGGAGGAGCAUGAGGAGGCCGAGUCACAUUCUGAUGAUGCUGAGUCACGCUCUUAUGAUGCUGAGUCACAUUCGGAUGCUGAGUCACGCUCUGAUGCUGAGUCACGCUCUGAUGCUGAGUCACGUUCUGAUGCUGAGUCACGUUCUGAUGCUGAGUCACGUUCUGAUGCUGAGUCACGUUCUGAUGCUGAAUCACAUUCUGAUGCUGAGUCACGUUCUGAUGCUGAGUCAUGUUCUGAUGCUGAAUCACAUUCUGAUGCUGAGUCGCAUGCUGAGUCACUUUCGGACGCAGCUUCUGCAGUCGCUGUACCUCAGUCUCCUGCGGCACCUCAUUUGCCAGCUGGGGAUGAAGCAGCUGCUCCUCUCAGUGCUACCUCCUCUCCUACCUCUGCCACCCAGUCGGGCUCACCUGCUGUGCCUGAAGCUGCUGCUGCUCCUGAUCUGCCUGCUCUGCCUGAUUCUCCUGCUGCAUCUGAGGCGCCUGCUGUGGAAGAUUCUCCUGCUGCACCAGAAUCACAUGCCAUACCUCAUUCACUUGCCGUGCUUGAUUCACCUGCGGGGGGGGAUGAGCCACCUGAUUCUCUCAGCUCUGCCUCCUCUCCUGCCGCUGACACCCAUUCGGUGGUUCUAAAUGAGAGAGAGAAGGAGGAGAGCGGGGUGACACCUGCUAUAUUAGAUUCGUCUGCAAUGCCUGAUUUCCCUGCUUUACCUUACACACCUGAUUCACCUGCUGCACCUGAUUCGCCUGCCGCACCUGAUUCACCUGCUGCACCUGAUUCACCUGCUGCACCUGAUUCGCCUGCCGCACCUGAUUCACCUGCCGCACCUGAUUCACCUGCCGCACCUGAUUCACCUGCUGCACCUGAUUCACCUGCCACACCUAUUUCGCCUGCCGGAGCUGAACCAGCUGCUCCUUUCAGCCCUGCCUCUCCGGCUGCGUCUGACUCCGAGUUGGUGGCUCAAGUUGAGAGCGAGGAGGAGGAGAGGGUAGUGGUGCCUGCUGUUUCUGCUUCUCCUGCUAUAUCUGAUUCUCCUGGCGCUGAUUCACGUGCAGCAUCUGAAACACGAACACCUGCUGUACCUGAUUCACCUGCUGCUGCACCUGAUUCACCUGACUCACCUGAUUCAUCUGCUGCAUUUGAAACACCUGCUGUACCUGAUUCACCUGCCACAGCUGAGGAAAGUCAAAGGGAGGAGGAGAAAGGUGAAAGGGAGGAGGAGGAAAGUGAAAGAAAGGAGUUGGAAAGUGAAAGGGAGGAGGUGGGAAGUGAAAAGGAGGAGGUGGAAAGUGAAAGGGAGGAAGUGGAAGAGGAGGAAGGAAAGUGGGAAGAGGAAAAAGAGGAGGAGAGAGGAGACGAGGCAAGGGGAAAGGUGGAGAGAAAUGAAGAGGAAGCAGAGACGAUGCAAGAGGAGGAGAGGGGAGAGGAGGAAAGAGAAGAAGACGGAGAGGAGAAGGUAGAAGAGGAAGAGAGCAGAGUGGAGGUGAUAGAGGAGAAGGUGAAGAGAGACGGUGUGUCAGGGGCAGAGGAAAAGACGGAAAAAACUGGAGACCUUGAGAGAGAGAGCAUGAACCGAGAGGGUGAGGAGGGAGAGAGUGUAGUGGGAGAGAGUGUGGAGGGAGAGAGUGUGGAGGGAGAGAGUGUGGCGCGAGAGGGCGCAAAGGGGGAGGAUAAUGUGGCAGUGCCGGCAGGUGAUGCAAGCGUGAGUGGCCAGAGCACAUCAGAGGCUGCUUCGAAGAGAAUUGAAGUGUCAGAGCCUGCGCCUGUGGCAGCAGUAGAAGCUGAAUGGGCAGACAUGGGAGGAUCAGCAGCGGUGGAAGGCGAAGCAGCGGUGGCGGGAGAAGAAGCAGUGGAAGGGUCAGCAGCGUUGGAAGGAGAAUCAGUAGAAGGAGCAGCAGCAGCACUGGUGGCUGAAGCACCAGGAGCAAGGGAGGACGGGCAAGCAGCAGAAGAUGAGACAACACCCCCCUUGGUGGAGCAGACGCAAGCAGCAGCAAUGGCAGCAGGAGCUCCAUUCGUUGACACCGUUCACCCUCUUCCCACCCACUCCUCGUCCCUUGCUGUUCCCUCUCCUCCCUCUCCCCUCCCUGCGCCCUCUGUUCCCUCUGUCCCCUCUCCUCCAUCUGUUUCCUGCCGCCCUGCCAACUCAUGGAUCCACCCAGCACAGCCUUCUUCCCACUCCGGCUCUGAUUCCGAAUCUGACUGGUCCGACUCCGAACCUGCGCCCAAGCCUGUUCCCAUCCGAGCCUGGAGGGCAGGUAUGGCGAGUGCAGCAGCAGAAGCACCGUCUCCUGUGCCGGCUCCCGCUCCUGUUGUUCAAACUGCAGCAGUGGGGCGACUGCGAAGUGACUUCCUCAACCGCUUCCAGCAGCAGCAGCAAUCUGAGCAGCCCUCUUUGCCUCCUCUUGGGUCUCCACAGCAGCAGCAGCAGCAGCAGCAGCAGCGGCAGCAGCUGCAGCAGGUGGAGGGAGAGAAGGAGGGAGAGGAAGAGGAAGAGGGUGCGGGGAGUGGUGUAGCGUCAGUGGCAGCUGCGCCUGCCGCGUUUCCUGCUGCCCAGCCAGCAGUGGUGGGGCGACUGCGAAGUGACUUCCUCAACCGCUUCCAGCAGCAGCAGCAACAGCAGCAGAUGAUGGAGGGAGAAGGGAAGAGAGAGGGAGAGGGUGCGACAAUACUGGAGGUGAAGGACGAGGGUGUGUCAACAGCGGAAGAUCAUGAGGGAGAGGAAGUGAUAGUGACAGAGAGUGAGGAGGACAGAGCGGUUAAGAAAGGAGAUUCAACAAUAAUGGAGGUGAUGGAAGUGGGUAUGUCAGCGGAAGAUCAUGAGGGAGAGGAAGUGAUAGUGACAGAUGGUGAGGUGGAGAGAGCGGUUAAGGAAGAGGGAGUGGAAGCGAGAGAGGGAGAGGGAGUGGAAGCAACAGAGGAAGAGGGAGAGAAAGUGGGUGCGAUCGAGGGUGUGGGGGGUAAGGAAGCAAGGAUGGACGAGGAAGAGAGGGUGGAAGAGGGUAAGGAAGAGAGAGUGGAAGAGGGUAGGGUCGAGAGGGUGGAAGAGGGUAGGGACGAGAGAUUGGAAGAGGAUAAGGAAGAGAGAGUGGAAGAGGGUAGGGACGAGAGAUUGGAAGAGGAUAAGGAAGAGAGAGUGGAAGAGGGUAAGGAAGAGAGAGUGAAAGAGGGUAAGGAAGAGAGAGUGGAAGAGGGUAAGGAGGAGAGUACAGAAGAGGCUGGGUAUGAGCGAGUGGAAGAGGAUAGUGAGGUAGUGGCAGCGAGUAAGGAGGAGAGGAUGGAAGAGAUGCAGGAAGAGGCUAAGGAAGAAAAAGAGGAAGAGGGUAACGAAGAGACCAAGGAAGAGGGUAAGGAAGAGAUGAAGGAAGAAAGAGAGGAAGGUGGUAAUGAAGAGACUAAGGAAGACAGUAAGGAAGAGGUGAAGGAAGGAGAGGAAGAGGCUAAGGAGGAAAUCAAGGGAGAUGGUAUCUUGGUUGUCUCUUCCCCACCCCCACUCGCCUCCCCCCAGCCUCCCACCCUCCUGGCUUCACCUCGAAUUCCCCCACCUGCCGUUACCAUCAAGCCCCGCGCUGCAGACUCAUGGAUGCGGCGACCCAAUCAGGCUGACUCUGACUCACCCUCGGACUCUGACUGGUCCGACUCCGAACCUGCGCCCAAGCCCGUGCCCAUCCGAGCCUGGAGAGCAGGUGCGGCGAGUGGUGUGGCGGCAGUAGCACCUGCGCUUGCCGCCUCUCCUCCCUCACAAACUGGCCCCGUGGGACGACUGCGGAGUGUGGUUGACUCUGAUAUUGCGGCUGAUGCUUCUGCUGCAGCUGAGGAUGAAUACGUUCCUGAAAACUCUGGUGAUUUGGCAGCAGAGCCAGGAGCAGCAGCAACAACAACAGGGGCAGAAACGGCACUGGCAGUUGUUGCUGGGGAUGAGGUUGGAGAGGGAGAGGGGGCAGAGACGGUGCAAGAGGAAGAGGUGCAGUCAGGUGAAUUUUCAGGUGGAGAGGUGUUACAAGGCGACCUGGUUCCGGCUGACGUGGCAUCAGACCCAUCCACUCCUGUGCCAGCUGACGUGGCAUCAGGCCCAUCCACUCCUGUGCCAGCUGACGUGGCAUCAGGUCCAUCCACUUCUGUACCAGCUGAUAUGGCAGCAGAUGCACCGUCAUUACCUGAACCAUCUGUUCAUCCAACAAUCGUCUCCUCCUCUCAGCCACUUUCCUCCCCUCAGCCUUCUACUCCUCCUCACCGCACAGCACCUGCCGUUACCAUCAAGCCUCGCGCUGCAGACUCAUGGAUGAAGCGACCCAAUCAGGACUCUGACUCAGGCUCGGACUCUGAUUGGUCCGAUUCCGAACCUGCGCCCAAGCCCGUGCCCAUCCGAGCCUGGAGGCCAGGCAUGGCAAGCGCAGCGGCAGCAGCACCGACCCCUGCAUCUGCCGCCUCUCCUACUGCAGCAGCACCGGCUCCUACUCAAACUGCAUCAGUGGGGCGACUGCGGAGUGACUUCCUCAACCGCUUCCAGCAGCAGCCUGAGAAACUCCCUGUGCCUCCUUUCAGAUCUCCACAGCAGCAGCAUCAGCAGCUGUUGGCCGUGUCUCCUGAACAGGGAGAGGGCGUCAUUAGCAAGGUAGAGGAGGAGGGGGGUGAGUUUGAAGGCAGAGGAGAGGGUGGGGGGAGCAUGAGAGCAGAGGGUGUGGAAUCUGCGGCUGCUGAAGGUCCGCUGGCUGAUGCUGUGGAGGAGUUCUCUGCUGAGGUGGCAUCAGAAACUCCUGCUGACGUGGCAGUGGAAGCAACGGCUGAUGUGGCCACGGAAGCACCUGCUGAGGUGGCAGCGGAAGCACCUGUUGACGUGGCAGCGGAAGCACCUGCUGACGUGACAGCAGAAGCAGCUGCUGACGUGGCAUCGGGUGCGGCUGCUGACGUGGCAUCGGGAGCGGCUGCUGAAGUGGCAUCGAAAGCACUUGCUGAGGUGGAGGAGCAGGAGAAUGAGGCAUGGGAGGAAGAGAAGGGGGAAGAGGGUGGAGAAGGAGGAGAGGAGGAAAACGAGGAGGAUGAAAAAGAAGAGGAAGAAACGAAAGAAACAAAGGAGGAAGAAUUGGAGAAUGAGGAGGCGGAGGUAGAGGAGGAGGGUGCAGAAGCUGGGGAGGCUGCGGAGGGGGAGGAGGGUGCAGGGGAAGAGGAGGAAGGAGGGAGUGAGGCAGGAGAGGAAUCCACUGAGGAGGUGACUGUAGAAGUGACAGAGGAAUAUGAGGAGGUGACUGUAGAGGAAACGGAGGAGUAUGAAGAAGUGACAGUCGAAGUGACAGAGGAAUAUGAGGAAGUGACUGUAGAAGUGGAAGAAACGGGAGAAUAUGAGGAAGUGACUGUAGAAGUGGAAGAAACGGGAGAAUAUGAGGAGGUGACUGUAGAAGAAACGGCGGAAUACGAGGAGGUAACUGUAGAGGUAACAGAAGAAUACACUGAAGAGGAAGUUACUGUAGAAGUUACAGAGGAGUAUACAGAAGAGGAGGUUACUGUAGAGGUUACAGAGGAAGUCACAGACGAGGAUAAAUCAGAGGAGGUGGCAGAGGAGGGAGCAGGUGCAGCAGGUGGAAAAGAAGGAGAAAGCGCAGAGGGACAAGAUUCGGAAGGGGAGCAACAGGAGGAAGAGCAGGAGGAGGAACAGGAGGAGGAGCAGGAGGAGGACUAUGAAGAGUAUGAGGAGCAGGAAGAGGAAGAAGAGGAAGAGGAGGAGGAAGAGGAGGAGGAGGAGGCAAGUGAAAAAGAGAGCACAAACAGCAGCCCGAGGAGCAAGCCAGAGGAGAAGGAAGAGGAGGAGGACGAGGAAGCGAGGAUAAAGCGGCAGGAGCAGGAGGAGAGGAACGCGGAGGAGCAGCGGGCGCUGCGGCUGCGUGUGGCGAGCAUGAAGCGGUUCAAUGCGGGGGGGGGCGGAGGGGGAGGAGCAGGGGCGGGUGAGGGGAGCGGGACGGGCGCGUCUGGGACAGGAGGUGGAGGUGCUGUGGGGCAAGCGGGGGGAGCAGCAGCAGGAGUGGCUCCUAUUGCGCUUCCGGCCAUGGCAGGUGCUGCUGGUCGGCAGCAGCCCGAUCCUCACAGUCCGGGCAAGCGAUCGCGGAUGCUGUCGCUGGUGGCGUCACAGGGCCUGCACGUGCCGGCCAGUGCAGUGACUCGCGAGAUCAUGGGGCUCACAGGGGGGAGUGCCGGCUGGGGGCGAGCCGCACGAUCGCGUAUGCUGUCGCUGGUGGCGUCACAGGGCCUUCACGUCCUGGCCAGUGCAAUGACUCAGGAGAUCAUGGGGCUCACAGGGGGGAGUGCUGGUGUUGCGCCGUUCACGGAUGCUCUCUCUGGUGGCGUCACAGGGCCUGCAUGUGCCGGCCAUGCAGUGACUCGAGAGAUCAUGGGACUCACAGGAGGGAGUGCUGGUGCUGCUGAUACCUGUUUACCAUUUCUCCUCUCUCUCACUCUUCGCAUCUUCCCUUCGAACUUGCAGCGAUCGCGGAUGCUCUCUCUGGUGGCGUCACAGGGCCUACACGUCUCGGCCAGUGCAGUGACUCGCGAGAUCAUGGGACUAACAGGGGGGUUGCUGGUGUUGCGCCGGUCACGCAUGCUGUCGCUGGUGGCGUCACAGGGUCUGCAUGUGCCGGCCAGUGCAGUGACUCGGGAGAUCAUGGGGCUCACAGGGGGGAGUGCUGGGCUGGGGAGUCGGAGCAUGGUGGUUCGGGACAGCAUGGGGCGUGCGGGAGGAGGUGGUUUUAACCUGGGGCUGAGUCGCAGUAUGGUGAAGGAACGAAAGCAGCCUUCGUUGCUGGAUAGUAGUGGUAGCGAGGAGGAAGAGGAGGAAGAGGAGGAGGAGGAAGAGGAGGAAGAGGAGGAAGAGGAGGAAGAGGAGGUGGAGGAGGAGGAGGAGGAAGAGGAUGAUAAUGAUGAGGAGGGUGAGGGUGGAGCAGAGGAAGGGGAGGGAGAAGAAGAGGAAGAGGAAGAAGAGGAGGGGGAGGAGGAAGAGUAUGGAGAGGCGGCGGAGGAGGAGGAAGCAGGGGGAGAGGGAGGAGACGAGGGAGAGGAGGAGGAGGAGGAGGAUGCACAGGAGGAAGUAGAUGGAGUGGAUCAAAAAGAGAAUGAGGAAAGCGCGGAGGAGGAAGAGAAGGAGGAGAACGAGGAGAAUGAGGAGCAGGAGGACUUAGAGCACGAAGAUAUGGAGGUUGGGGGCGAGGCGACUUGGAAGAUGGAGGGAGCGGAGGAGGGUCCAGGUGAAGGGGAGUCAGCUGAGGAGGACGAUGAGAGCAAUGAGGAGGAAGAGGAGGAGGAGGUAGAGCAGGAGGACCUGGAGGAGAACGCAGCAGGACACACGGAUAUGGAGGUCAGGGGCGAGGAGUCUUGGGACAUGGAGGCUGAGGAGGGCCCAGGUGAGGAGGAAGAGGAGAAUGAGAAGGUAGAGCACGAGACAGAGCACACCGAUAUGGAGAUCAGGGGCGAUGAGUCUUGGGACUUGGAGGAGGCUGAGGAUGCUCCCGCUGAGGAUGCUCCAACCGAGGACACUCCAGCUGAGGAGAGCCCAGCUGAGGCAGGAGGAGGAGCGGAUGAGGAAGCAGGCAGUGAUUCUGCCAAAGACCCCCUGCUGCUGAAUGUGUCUGAGGCACUGGCUGCUGUGGUGGCUUCAUCUGCAUCUGCUGACGCCACCAGUGCACCCUCUAAGGAACCGGCGACUCUGAAUGUUGCAGAGGGGCGUGUGAAGGCUCUUGCUGCUGUGGUGGCGUCUGCAACUCCUGACACCACAGCUGCAGCCCCGAAAGAGGCAGCAACUAUAAAUUGCAUCCCCAAAGCGGCGGCGGCUGUAGAUAUCGCUGGCGGGCAUGUGAAAGCUCUGGCUGCUGUGGUGGCGUCUGUGGGUGCUGCUGGUGCCACCAGUGCACCCUCUAACGAGUCAGCGGGUCUAGAUGUUGCUGGUGGGCGUGUGAAGGCUCUUGCUGCCUUUGCGGCUGCUCCUGCUGCUGAUGAUACCACCAGUGCACCCUCUAAAGAGUCACCGGGUCUAGAUAUUGCUGGGGGGAGGGUGAAGGCGCUGGCUGCUGCGGUGGCAUCCACUGCUGCUGCUGACGCCACCAGUGCACCCCCUAAAGAGGUGGUGGUGACUGGAGACGUUGCUGAGGGAUGGGCUCUUGCUGCUCGGGCUGCCUCUGCUGCUGCAAACAACAGUGCUGAAAGCACCGGCGGUGCUUCAAAGGACUUGGUCUCUCUGGAGGUUGGAGAGGGGCGGGUGAGAGAGCUCGCUGCUAUGGCUGCCUCUGCUGCUGCCACAGCAGUGCAACCGCCAGCCCUGGCUGCUCUUGCUUCCACUGGUGCUACCUCUGGUAACAAUGUUAGUCAAGGCCAAUCUAAUAGCAAUGGUGAACCCACCACGCUGUACGGCAAUGACAAGAGCAUCCAGCAGCAGCAGCAGCAGCACUACCCUGCUCCCUCCCCACGCCUCAUCCACCGUCCCUACUCCCCGUCACCGCGCUCCAUCCCUCACUCCCCAUCCGCCCAUCUCCCCUGCUACACUCGCUGCCCCUCCACCCAUCUCGUGAGCCCCAUUCGCCCCCGAAGAAGCUUCAGCCCUAGUAGGUUCCGGGCAUUUGAUGCUGCAGCAGUGGCAGCAGCAGCCUUGUCAGGAGUUUCCCCUCAGCGCCGCCGCUCCCCUUCGCCGAACCUCCCACGUUAUUCCGCCUCUCCGGGGGCUUAUCCUAGCGGCUUUCCCAUCCGAACCUCGUCUGUGAGCCCGAGCCAGUCACCCAUGGCCCGAGGCCUGCCUCCACGGCUGCCGCCGAGGUUCGGCAGCAGCGUGAGGUUUGGUGGGGGUGCGAGGGACCCGAGGUUUGGCGAGUUCCGUGAUUCGUCGAGAGAUUCAGAUUUCCGCGAGGGGGCGGGGAGGAGAGGUGCUGGCAUGGGGGAGGUAGGGGGAGGUGGAGCAGGAGGGGUUGGGGGUUUGGGGAGUGGGGGAGGGAGUGGGGGAUACAGCAAAUCUCGGUCGUUGGAUCGACAGAUAAUGGUGGGAUCACCAGGAGGGAUGGUGGGAGGCGCGGGGGAUGUGCUUAUAACGAAGGGCAGUGGCGGCGGCAUGGAGGGAGAAGGGCAUGAGGGGGAAAUGCUGGGGGAUGAUGCAGAAAACGAGGAGGAGAGAGAGGAGGAAGAUGAAGGGGAGGAUGAGGACGAUGAGGAGGAGGGAGAGGAGGAGCGAGAGGAGAAGGGUCCACCUAGUGAGGGUAUGCAGACACAAGGGCCAGCAGCUGCAACAGUGCCUUCAAGCGAGGCCAACGGGAUUGCUGGCAGUGGCAAGACAUGGAAAGACAUUCUUCUCUCUGUGAAAGCAGCGUCUCAGCCCGGAAGAGCUGUUCCCGGUUCUAAUGCAGGGAGACAAGAGGGUGUGGGUGUUUCUGCCCUGGCAGCUGUAGCGGCAGAGGUUUUGAUGUGGCGGGGGACAGCAGGGAAGUCGGUGGGGGCGAUUGGAGAAAUGCAUGGGGAGGCGUGCCGGCAGGAGGGAUGGAAGAGGGCGAGAAGCGUUGCAACUGGAGUAAUGGCGACUGGUGGGGUGAUGGCAGGUGGGCAGCAGCAUUCGAUUUACAGAGGGAUAGCAGAGGGAGAAGAGGAGGGAGGGAUGGAGAACGAAAAGGACGGACCAGCUGUGGUAGAAGGGGAAGUUGUUGGGGGGGUUGGAGCAGAAAAAGAGGCAGCAGAGGGAGAUUUUGCAGCUGCAAACAGCAACACGGGUGCAGAGGGGAGAGGGAGGGUGGAGGAGUGGGGGGGGCAGAGCCCCAUGAGGGAGCUUCUGGGGGCGUUGGAGUCUCCCACCAGAUGGGCUCACUUGUGUGCCAAGAUGGAGCAGCAGAGGCAGCUGUAUGAAGCCCAAG